AUGAAGUUUACCAUCGUCAUCAUCAGCGCGAUCCUCAGUGUCGCAGCCGCCCUCCCAGGCGCGCACUAUGCUUCGACUAUCGAGAAACGCUGGGAGUGCGAGACCACUCCCCUUUGCGCUUUCGAAUGCACGAAGCAACGUGACGCUUUCGACAGCUGCGCAUGUUACGAAUGGACGGCGAAAAAGCAAGCGCUCGACAAUUGCUGUCAAGAGCACACAACAUGA